AUGAACAAUGAUAAUGAUGCCGAAGACGCAGGAUCUACUGUACAAACGGUACAGCAAAGGCCGAAUGAUGAACUCUCACUUGAAGCGCCUUCUCAGCUAACUCAUAUCGGGAAAGCGGAAAUUGAAAAAGGGAGUUAUGAAAAAGACCAAAGCAACAACGGGAGUGAGAUUUUGAUGGGCGAAGCGGCGGACCAGAAAGAUGAGGAAGAUCUUUUGGCAUAUGAUAGUGAUGCUGAUGUGGUUGUUGAGAAUUAUGAUAAGAACGAUGAUGUACACAGCGAUGAUUCUGCAAAUGGAGGAGAUUCCAUUAUCGAUAUAGUUUCAGAUAGCGAGAUACAAGAAGCCGCUCGUCAAUUACUGAGAACAAAAGCUCCAAAAAUUAUGGUUAACUACAAGGGGAUUUGCUAUUUGCUUUUCAGUGAAUACGAUGGUGAUAAUGCUAAGGAAGAGAAGCGAGACCAAGUUAUUUGUGCUGAUUCUACGGACCUUCAUCGCGGGUGCAAUAUUGUAUUUGGGAGGAUAAGGCUUUUUUUGCAGAAGAAUUAUGGUGCGUUGGAACUUUUUUCUAGAGAACUGACAUUCUCCAUUCCAGAGCUAGACCUCAAUAUGGAAGAGGACAAUUUGUACAAUAAGGAGGUGAACAUGAACGAUAUAGUUUCGAUUUUCAAGCUCCUCAAAGAUAACUCCGUUAAGAACUGUGAGGAAAACGUUCCAUCUCACAUAACCAUGUAUGUGGGAACAAAGCCAAGAUUUGUCGCUCGCUACAAUGAAUUGGUUGAAAUGCUUAGUAGUGAUGCCACUUUUUCGAAUAUAAAGGUUUUUUCCAACGAUAGGAGUCAUCCUGUAAUACUUGAUGACGGCGAGGCGGGUAGCGGUUUUGGCGGAAAUCCUGCUGAAGUUAUUGUAAUGACAUCAGAUGAAGAAUUGGAGGAAACGGAAAAUUCACAUGCUGCAACAUAUGAAAUGAAAAGUAAUUCACUUGAAACGGAGGUAAGUGAUAUGGGAGAAACAGCACGCCCACCUUUUGUAACUUGCAAUGUUGACGAUAAAUCAGGACCUUCAAACUCGGAUCAAGAUGUACAAGAACCACAAGGUUACAACGUUAAUGAUGAAGAGAAAUCAACAGAUGACAUUGAGGACUCAUUAAAAAGGAGAAGGGACUCGGCGUCAGAGAAUGAUAGUAUGUAA